UUAAUAAUUCAAAUACAUAAAAUCGUCCACAAUUUUACGGGCGAAGUCUUCUACAACCACCAAUUCUUCGUCUUCUCAGUCUCAGUCCUCCAUCAUUCUCAAAUUUUCCUCUCAAAUCGGAGGCUGAUUUCUCUUCCAAAUUCGGAAUCUCAACCUUGUGAAUAGUAAUUGGAGACUGAAUUCUCUUUCAAAUUCGGAAUCUCAAGCUUUGAAGAUCGUGAUCAGAAAUGGCUUCUGCCGGAACGUUACCGUCGCAUCUUUCUGGGUUGAAAGGAGGAAAUGUGAACUUGGGAUUUUCGAAGCGGUUGGAAUCAGUAAAAGUCUUUGAUUUGAGGAGCGUUAGGUCUCAUGGAAGAAAGGUCUUGGUCAUACGGAAUUCAAAUCCUGGUUCUGAUAUUGCGGAGCUUCAGCCUGCUUCGGAAGGGAGUUCUCUCCUGGUUCCUCGACAGAAGUACUGUGAAUCCAUAAACAAAACAGUCAGGAGGAAAACACGGACAGUGAUGGUUGGAAAUGUUGCCCUUGGUAGUGAGCAUCCCAUAAGGAUUCAAACAAUGACAACAACUGACACAAAGGAUGUUGCUGGAACAGUUGAACAGGUCAUGAGAAUAGCUGACAAGGGAGCAGAUAUUGUUCGGAUAACAGUUCAAGGGAAGAAAGAAGCAGAUGCAUGUUUUGAGAUCAAGAACACCCUUGUGCAGAAAAAUUAUAAUAUACCUCUGGUCGCAGAUAUCCACUUUGCUCCUUCUGUUGCAUUGAGAGUUGCUGAGUGCUUUGAUAAAAUUCGUGUGAACCCUGGAAAUUUUGCUGAUAGGCGGGCUCAAUUUGAAAAGCUAGAGUACACGGAGGAGGAUUAUCAAAAAGAACUUGAGCAUAUUGAGGAGGUUUUUACUCCGUUAGUUGAAAAAUGUAAGAAGUAUGGAAGAGCAAUGCGCAUUGGAACAAAUCAUGGGAGCCUUUCAGAUCGUAUAAUGAGCUACUUUGGUGAUUCUCCAAGGGGAAUGGUUGAAUCAGCGUUUGAGUUUGCAAGAAUUUGUCGAAAGUUGGACUACCAUAAUUUUGUCUUUUCCAUGAAAGCAAGCAAUCCAGUAGUUAUGGUUCAGGCAUAUCGUUUACUUGUAGCUGAAAUGUAUGUCCAAGGCUGGGAUUAUCCACUACAUCUUGGAGUUACUGAAGCCGGAGAGGGUGAGGACGGCCGAAUGAAAUCUGCUAUUGGCAUUGGGACCCUUCUUCAGGAUGGUUUGGGUGACACUAUUAGGGUUUCUCUUACAGAACCACCAGAGGAGGAGAUAGAUCCUUGCAGAAGGCUUGCAACCCUUGGUAUGAGAGCAGCUGAACUUCAGCAAGGGGUGGUGCCAUAUGAGGAAAAACACAGACACUAUUUUGAUUUUCAGCGUCGAUCUGGCCAGUUGCCCAUUCAAAAGGAGGGUGAGGAGGUGGAUUAUAGAGGUGUUUUGCACCGUGACGGCUCUGUUCUCAUGUCAGUUUCCUUGGAUCAAUUAAAGAUGCCAGAACUUCUGUACAAGUCUCUUGCAGCAAAACUUGUUGUUGGCAUGCCAUUUAAGGAUCUAGCGACGGUGGAUUCAAUCUUACUGAGAGAACUCCCUUCAGUUGAUGAUGCUGAUGCUCGUCUAGCCCUCAAAAGGCUGAUAGAUAUGAGUAUGGGCGUUAUAACACCUUUAUCAGAGCAACUUACAAAGCCCUUGCCUAAUGCCAUGGUUCUGGUGAAUCUCAAGGAAUUGUCCUCUGGUGCUCACAAACUUUUACCUGACGGCACACGCUUGGUUGUAUCGGUACGAGGUGAUGAAUCAUACGAUGAUCUGGAUAUCUUGAAAGAGAUUGAUGCAACAAUGCUUUUUCAUGAUUUACCAUAUUCAGAAGACAAGGUCAGCAGAGUGCAUGCUGCAAGGAGGUUAUUUGAGUAUUUAUCGGAGAAUGGUCUUACUUUCCCUGUGAUUCAUCACAUUCAGUUUCCAAACGGAGUUCACAGAGACGAUUUGGUAAUCGGUGCCGGUUCAAAUGCGGGAGCUCUUUUGGUGGACGGCCUUGGAGAUGGUGUCCUAUUAGAAGCCCCAGAUAAGGAUUUUGAUUUCAUAAGGAAUACAUCCUUCAAUUUGUUACAAGGUUGCAGAAUGAGGAACACAAAGACCGAGUAUGUUUCAUGCCCAUCUUGUGGAAGAACAUUGUUUGAUCUUCAAGAAAUAAGCGCAGAAAUAAGGGAAAAGACAUCACAUCUUCCUGGAGUUUCUAUUGCAAUUAUGGGUUGCAUUGUUAACGGUCCUGGGGAGAUGGCUGAUGCCGACUUUGGGUAUGUUGGGGGUUCCCCUGGAAAGAUCGAUCUUUAUGUCGGGAAGACCGUCCUGAAGCGUGGAAUCGCUAUGGAGAAUGCGACCGAGGCUCUAAUCCAGCUAAUAAAAGAUCAUGGUCGUUGGGUCGAACCUCCUACAGAAGAGUGAGAGAAACAUAGGCAAGGUAGUACUGGUUUGGUAGGUAGAAAAAAAGAAACAGUAGAGAUUUGGAUGAGGGGAGAAGACAGUUUUGAUUUGUGUUAUUAAGUCAAAUAUAAAAAGGGGGUAUGGAAAUUGGGCAAAUUCAUGUCCAAUCAUUGCUCAUUGCCAAAGUGAAAAACAGCUUCAUAAUUGGUAUGUAACUGACUCUCUUAACUUCCCUCACCAAUAAUUAUCACAGCUAUAAUUACAGUUAUCA